UCGGACGGUCCUUUCAGCAUGGCCGCCGGCACCGCCGCCGCCUUAUCCUUCUUGAGUCAGGAGAGCCGAGUCCGGGCGGGGGGUGUCGGGGGUCUGCGGGUCCCGGCGCCGGUUGCUAUGGAUAGUUUCUUCUUCGGCUGUGAACUCUCCAGCCACACCCGCUCCUUCACCUUCAAGGUGGAGGAAGAGGACGACACGGAACAUGUGCUGGCGUUGACUAUGCUCUGCCUCACUGAGGGGGCCAAGGAUGAGUGUAACGUGGUGGAAGUUGUGGCCCGGAACCAUGAUCACCAGGAAAUUGCGGUCCCUGUGGCCAAUCUCAAAUUGUCUUGUCAGCCCAUGCUCAGUCUGGACGAUUUCCAGCUUCAACCACCUGUAACCUUCCGCCUCAAGUCGGGCUCUGGCCCAGUGUGCAUCACUGGUCGGCAUCAGAUUGUGACUUUAAGCAAUGAUGUUUCUGAAGAAGAGGAGAGUGAGGAAGAAGAGAGUGACGAGGAGGAAGCUAAUUUACGCCCCAUCCUUGCUGCCAAAAAGUACAGGGGCAGGCCCUAGCCCUCUUUGCUCAGGUAGCUGCCUGCUAUGCACCAUGUUCCUGGAAAAGUUUCAAGAAUUUUCAAAGUUUCUUCUCUGUUGAAGAGGAGAGUCUGGGGAAGGGGUUGUGGGGUGGGAGGGAAUUGGGCUGGUGGUGCUGGAAGAGAAGGGUGCAUUCUCUUGAGGGGCCCUUUUGUUGUCCUACACCCUGCCUGGGUCUUCCCCUUUCGGUAAGGGUUGGGAGGAUCUCUUCACUCCUAUCCUGACCUGCUUCUUGUCACCUGCUCACAAGAAAGGACUGUAAGUGUCUGGAGCUGGGAAUGCUUAAUGUAGAGGGAGCCCUUGACUAGCACGUGUCAUGUGUGAUACUCUAGAUUCAGUUCCCAGCGCCGUGCCAAAAAAACAAGUAUCUGAAGUUCAGAACAACACUUUUUUUUAUACUUUUACACUUUUUACAUUUCUAGAUAAAGGUUUAAAUGAAUAAAA